AUGGAAAGCGGGAGAAUGGGGCGGGCCCCAUUCUCCCGCUUUCCAUCACCCCACCCCAUUCUCCCUCUUUCCAUCACCGCGCCCCAUUCUCCCUCUUUCCAUCACCCCGCCCCAAUUCUCGCUUUCCAUCACCCCGCCCCAUUCUCCCAUUUUCCAUCACACCGCCCCAUUCUCCCGCUUUCCAUCACCCCGCUCCAUUCUCCCGCUUUCCAUCACCCCUCCCCUUUCUCCCGCUUUCCAUCUCCCCGCCCCAUUCUCCCGCUUUCCAUCACCCCGCCCCAUUCUCCCUCUUUCCAUCACCCCGCCCCAUUCUCCCCCAAUCCAUCACCCCGCCCCAUUUUCACUCUUUCCAUCACCCCGUCCCAUUCUCCCGCUUUCCAUCACCCUGCCCCAUUCUCCCGCUUUCCAUCACCCCGCUCCAUUCUCCCGCUUUCCAACACCCCACCCAAUUCUCCCUCUUUCCAUCACCCCUCCCCAUUCUCCCUCUUUCCAUCACCCAGCCCCAUUCUCCCGCGUUCCAUCACCCCGCCCCAUUCUCCCUCUUUCCAUCAUCGCGCCCCAUUCUCCCUCUUUCCAUCACCCCGCCCCAUUCUCUCGCUUUCCAUCACCCCGCCCCAUUCUCCCGUUUUCCACCACACCGCCCCAUUCUCCCGCUUUCCAUCACCCCGCUCCAUUCUCCCGCUUUCCAUCAGCCCGCCCCAUUCUCCCUCCUUCCACCACCCCGCCCCUUUCUCCCGCUUUCCGUCACCCCGCCCCAUUCUCCCGCUUCCCAUCACCCCACCCCAUUCUUCCGCUUUCCAUCACCCCGCCCCAUUCUCCCUCCUUCCAUCACCCCGCCCCAUUCUCUCUCCUUCCAUCAUGCCGCCCCAUUCUCGGCUUUCCAACACCCCGCCCCAUUCUCCCGCUUUCCAUCACCCCGCCCCAAUCUCCCGCUUUCCAUCACCCCGCCUCAUUCUCCCGCUUUCCAUCACCCCGCCCCAUUCUCCUACUUUCCAUCACCCCGCCCCAAACUCCUGCUUUCUAUCACCCUUCCCCAUUCUCCCUCCUUCCAUCACCCCGCCCCAUUCUCCCGCUUUCCAUCACCCCGCCCCAUUCUCCCGCUUUCCAUCAUCCCGCCCCAUUCUCCCUCCUUCCAUCACCCCGCCCUAUUCUUCCGCUUCCCAUCAUCCCGCCCCAUUCCCCCGCUUUCCAUCACCCUGCCCAUUCUCCCGCUUUCCAUCACCACGCCCCAUUCUCCCUCUUUCCACCACCCCACCCCAUUCUCCCUCUUUCCAUCACCCCGCCCCAUUCUCCCUCUUUCCAUCACCCCGCUCCAUUCUCCCGCUUUCCAUCACCCCGCCCAAUUCUCCCUCUUUCCAUCACCCCUCCUCAUUCUCCCUCUUUCCAUCACCCGCCCCAUUCUCCCGCUUUCCAUCACCUCGCCCCAUUCUCCCGCUUUCCAUCACCCCGCCCCAUUCUUUUGCUUUCCAUCACCCCGCCCCAUUCUCCCGCUUUCCAUCAUUCUGCCCCAUUCAACCGCUUUCCAUCACCCCGCCCCAUUCUCCCGCUUUCCAUCACCCCGCCCCAUUCUCCCGCUUUCCAUCACCCCGCUCCAUUCUCCCGCUUUCCAUUACCCCGCCCCAUUCUCCCGCUUUCCAUCACCCCGCCCCAUUCUCCCGCUUUCCAUCACUCCGCCCCAUUCUCCCGCUUUCCAUCACCUCGCCCCAUUCUCCCUCCUUCCAUCACCCUGCCUCAUUCUCCCUCCUUCCAUCACCUCGCCCCAUUCUCCCGCUUUCCAUCACCCCGCCCCAUUCUCCCGCUUUCCAUCACCCCGCCCCAUUCUCCCUCUUUCCAUCACCCCGCCCCAUUCUCCCGCUUUCCAUCACCCCGCCCCAUUCUCCCUCUUUCCAUCACCCCGCCCCAUUCUCCCGCUUUCCAUCACCCCGCCCCAUUCUCCCUCUUUCCAUCACCCCGCUCCAUUCUCCCGCUUUCCAUCACCCCGCCCAAUUCUCCCUCUUUCCAUCACCCCUCCUCAUUCUCCCUCUUUCCAUCACCCGCCCCAUUCUCCCGCUUUCCAUCACCUCGCCCCAUUCUCCCGCUUUCCAUCACCCCGCCCCAUUCUUUUGCUUUCCAUCACCCCGCCCCAUUCUCCCGCUUUCCAUCAUCCUGCCCCAUUCAACCGCUUUCCAUCACCCCGCCCCAUUCUCCCGCUUUCCAUCACCCCGCCCCAUUCUCCCGCUUUCCAUCACCCCGCUCCAUUCUCCCGCUUUCCAUUACCCCGCCCCAUUCUCCCGCUUUCCAUCACCCCGCCCCAUUCUCCCGCUUUCCAUCACUCCGCCCCAUUCUCCCGCUUUCGAUCACCACGACCCAUUCUCCCACUUUCCAUCACCCCGCCCCAUUCUCCCUCCUUCCAUCACCCUGCCUCAUUCUCCCUCCUUCCAUCACCUCGCCCCAUUCUCCCGCUUUCCAUCACCCCGCCCUAUUCUCCCGCUUUCCAUCACCCCGCCCCAUUCUCCCGCUUUCCAUCACCCUGCCCCAAUCUCCCGCUUUCCAUCACCCCGCCCCAUUCUCCCUCCUUCCAUCACCCCGCCCCAUUCUCCCGCUUUCCAUCACCCCGCCCCAUUCUCCUGCUUUCCAUCACCCCGCCCCAUUCUACCGCUUUCCAUCACCUUGCCCCAUUCUCCCGCUUUCCAUCACCCCACCCCAUUCUCCCGCUUUCCAUCACCCCUCCCCAUUCUCCCUCCUUCUAUCACCCCGCCCCAUUCUCCAGCUUUCCAUUACCCGCCCCAUUCUCCCGCUUUCCAUCACCUCGCCCCAUCUCCCGCUUUCCAUCACCCCGCCCCAUUCUCCUGCUUUCCAUCACCCCGCUCCAUUCUCCCGCUUUCCAUCACUCCGCCCCAUUCUCCCGCUUUCCAUCACCCCGCCCCAUUCUCCUGCUUUCCAUCACCCCUCCCCAUUCUCCCUCCUUCCAUCACUCCGCCUCAUUCUCCCUCCUUCCAUCACCCCCCCCCAUUCUCCCGCUUUCCAUCACCCCGCCCCAUUCUCCCGCUUUCCAUCACCCAGCCCCAUUCUCCCACUUUCCAUCACCCCGCCUUAUUUUCCCGCUUUCUAUCACUCCGCCCCAUUGUCAUGCUUUCCAUCACCAUGCCCCAAUCUCCCGCUUUCCAUCACCCCGCCCCAUUCUCCCUCCUUCCAUCACCCCGCCCCAUUCUCCCGCUUUCCAUCACCCCGCCAGAUUCUCCCGCUUUCCAUAACCCCGCCUCAUUCUCCCUCCUUCCAUCACCCGCUCCAUUCUCCCUCCUUCCAUCACCCCGCCCCAUUCUCCCUCCUUCCAUCACCCCGUCCCAUUCUCCCGCUUUCCAUCAGCCCACCCCAUUCUCCCGCUUUCCAUCACCCCGCCCCAUUCUCCCGCUUUCCAUCACCCCGCCCCAUUCUCCCGCUUUCCAUCACCCCGCCCCAUUCUCCCGCUUUCCAUCACCCCGCCCCAUUCUCCCGCUUUCCAUCACCCUGCCCCAUUCUCCCGCUUUCCAUCACCCCGCCCCAUUCUCCCUCCUUCCAUCACCCUGCCCCAUUCUCCCGCUUUCUGUCACCCCGCCCCAUUCUCCCGCUUUCCAUAACCCCGCCCCAUUCUCCCGCUUUCCAUCACCCCGCCACAUUCUCCCACUUUCCAUCACCCCGCCCCAUUCUCCCUCCUUCCAUCACCCCGCACCAUUCUCCCUCCUUCCAUCACCCCGCCCCAUUCUCCCUCCUUUGAUCACCCCGCCCCAUUCUCCCGCUUUCCAUCAGCCCUCCCCAUUCUCCCGCUUUCCAUCACCCCGCCCCAUUCUCUCGCUUUUCAUCACCCCAACCCAUUCUCCCGCUUUCCAUCACCACGCCCCCUUCUCCCUCCUUCCAUCACCCCGCCCCAUUCUCCCUCCUUCCAUCACCCCGCCCCGUUCUCCCACUUUCUAUCAGCCCGCCCCAUUCUCCCGCUUUCCAUCACCCCGCCCCUUUCUCCCGCUUUCCAUCUCCCCACCCCAUUCUCCCGCUUUCCAUCACCCCGCCCCAUUCUCCCGCUUUCCAUCAGCCCGCCCCAUUCUCCCACUUUCCAUCACCCCGCCCCAUUCUCCCUCCUUCCAUCACCCCGCCUCAUUCUACCUCCUUCCAUCACCCCGCCCCAUGCUCCCGCUUUCCAUCACCCCGCCCCAUUCUCCCGCUUUUCAUCACCCCGCCCAAUUCUCCCGCUUUCCAUCACCCUGCCCCAUUCUCCCGCUUUCCAUCACCCCGCCCCAUUCUCCCUCCUUCCAUCACCCCGCCCCAUUCUCCCAUCACCCCGCCCCAUUCUCCCGCUUUCCAUCACCACGCCCCAUUCUCCCGCUUUCCAUCACCCCACCCCAUUCUCCCGCUUUCCAUCACUCCGCCCCAUUCUCCCGCUUUCCAUCACCCCGCCCCAUUCUCCCGCUUUCCAUCACCCCGCCCCAUUCUUCUCCUUCCAUCACCCCGCCCCAUUCUCCCUCCAUCCAUCACCCUGCCCCAUUCUCCCGCUUUCCCCCUCCCCAUUCUUCCGCUUUCCAUCACCCCGCCCCAUUCUCUCACUUUCCAUCACCCCACCCCAUUCUCCCGCUUUCCAUCACCCCGCCCCCUUUUCCCUCCUUCCAUCACCCCGCCCCAUUCUCCCUCCUUUCAUCACCCCGCCCCAUUCUCCUACUUUCUAUCAGCCCGCCCCAUUCUCCCGCUUUCCAUCUCCCCGCCCCAUUCUCCCGCUUUCCAUCACCCUGCCCCAUUCUCCCGCUUUCCAUCACCCCGCCCCAUUCUCCCGCUUCCCAUCAUCCCGCCCCAUUCCCCCGCUUUCCAUCACCCCUCCCCAUUCUCCCUCCUUCCAUCACCCCGCCCAGUUCUCCCGCUUUCCAUCACCCCGCCCCAUUCACCCGCAAUCCAUUACCCACCCCAUUCUCCCGCUUUCCAUCACCCCGCCCCAUCCUCCCGCUUUUCAUCACCCCGCCCCAUUCUCCCGCUUUCCAACACCCCGCCUCGUUCUCCCGCUUUCCAUCACCCCGCCCCAUUCUCCCGCUUUCCAUCACCUCGCCCCAUUCUCCCGCUUUCCAUCACUCCGUCCCAUUCUCCCGCUUUCCAUCACCCCGCCCCAUUCUCCCGCUUUCCAUCAACCCGCCCCAUUCUCCCUCCUUCCAUCACCCCGCCUCAUUCUCCCUCCUUCCAUCACCCCGCCCCAUUCUCCCGCUUUCCAUCACCCCGCCCCAUUCUCCCGCUUUCCAUCACCCCGCCCCAUUCUCCCGCUUUCCGUCACCCCGCCCCAUUCUCCCGCUUUCCAUCACCCCGCCCCAUUCUCCCGCUUUCCAUCACCCCGCCCCAUUCUCCCGCUUUCCAUCACCACGCCCCAUUCUCCCUCCUUCCAUCAACCCGCCCCAUUCUACCGCUUUCCAUCACCCCGCCCCAUUCUCCCUCCUUCCAUCACCCCGCCUCAUUCUACCUCCUUCCAUCACCCCGCCCCAUGCUCCCGCUUUCCAUCACCCCGCCCCAUUCUCCCACUUUUCAUCACCCCGCCCCAUUCUCCCACUUUCCAUCACCCCGACCCAUUCUCCCGCUUUCCAUCGACCCGCCCCAUUCUCCCUCCUUCCAUCACCCCGCCCCAUUCUCCCGCUUUCCAUCAGCCCACCCCAUUCACCCGCUUUCCAUCACACCGCCCCAUUCUCCCGCUUUCCAUCACCCCGCCCCAUUCUCCCGCUUUCCAUCACCCCGCCCCAUUCUCCCAUCACCCCGCCCCAUUCUCCCGCUUUCCAUCACCACGCCCCAUUCUCCCGCUUUCCAUCACCCCGCCCCAUUCUCCCGCUUUCCAUCACUCCGCCCCAUUCUCCUGCUUUCCAUCACCCUGCCCCAUUCUCCUGCUUUCCAUCACCCCGCCCCAUUCUUCUCCUUCCAUCACCCCGCCUCAUUCUACCUCCUUCCAUCACCCCGCCCCAUUCUCCCGCUUUCCAUCACCCCGCCCCAUUCUCCCGCUUUCCAUCACCCCGCCCCAUUCUCUCGCUUUCCAUCACCACGCCCCAUUCUCCCGCUUUCCAUCACCCCGCCCCAUUCUCCCUCCUUCCAUCACCCUGCCCCAUUCUACCGCUUUCCAUCACCCCGCCCCAUUCUCCCGCUUUCCAUCACCCCACCCCAUUCUCCCUCCCUCCAUCACCGCGCCCCAUUCUCCCUUCUUCCAUCACCCUGCCCCAUUCUCCCUCUUUCCAUCACCCUGCCCCAUUCUCCCGCUUUCUAUUACCCCACCCCAUUCUCCCUCUUUCCAUCACCCUGCCCCAUUCUCCCGCUUUCUAUCACCUAGCCCCAUUCUCCCGCUUUCAAUCAUCCCGCUCCAUUCUCCCCCUUUCGAUCACCCCGCCCAAUUCUCCCUCUUUCCAUCACCCCUCCCCAUUCUCCCUCUUUCCAUCACCCCGCCCCAUUCUCCCGCUUUCCAUCACCCCGCCCCAUUCUCCCUCUUUCCAUCACCCCGCCCCAUUCUCCCGCUUUCCAUCACCCCGCCCCAUUCUCCCUCUUUCCACCACCCCGCCCCUUUCUCCCUGUCUCCAUCACCCCGCCCCAUUCUCCCGUUUUCCAUCACCCCAACCCAUUCUCCCUCUUUCCAUCACCCCGCCCCAUUCUCCCUCUUUCCAUCACCCCGCCCCAUUCUCACUCUUUCCAUCACCCCGCCCCAUUCUCUCGCUUUCCAUCACCCCGCCCCAUUCUCCCUCUUUCCAUCAUCCCGCCCCAUUCUCCCUCUUUCCAUCACCCCGCCCCAUUCUCCCGCUUUCCAUUUCCGCGCCCUACUCUCCAUCUUUCCAUCAUCCCGCCCCAUUCUCCCGCCUUCAAUCACCCACCCCCAUUCUCCCUCUUUGGAUCACCCCGCCCCAUUGUCCCGCUUUCUAUCACCCCGCCCCAUUCUCCCGCUUUCCAUCAUCCCGCCCCAUUCUCCCUCUUUCCAUCACCCCGCCCUAUUCUCCCGCUUUCCAUCAUCCCGCCCCAUUUUCCCUCUUUCCAUCACCCCGCCCCAUUCUCCCGCUUUCCAUCACCCUGCCCCAUUCUCCCUCUUUCUAUCACCCCUCCCCAUUCUCCCGCUUUCCAUCACCCCGCCCAAUUCUCCCUCUUUCUAUCACCCCUCCCCAUUCUCCCUUUUUCCAUCACCCCGCCGCAUUCUCCCGCUUUCCAUCACCCCCCCCCCCAUUCUCCCUCUUUCCAUCACCCCGCCCCAUUCUCCCGCUUUCCAUGACCCCGCCCCAUUCUCCCGCUUUCCAUCACCCCGCCCCAUUCUCCCGCUUUCCAUCACCCCUCCCCAUUUUCCCUCUUUCCAUCACCCCGCCCCAUUCUCCCGCUUUCCAUCACCCCGCCCUAUUCUCCCUCUUUCUAACACCCCUCCCCAUUCUCCCGCUUUCCAUCACCCCGCCCAAUUCUCCCUCAUUCUAUCACCCCUCCCCAUUCACCCUCUUUCUAUCACCCCGCCCCUUUCUCCCGCUUUCCAUCACCCCGCCCCAUUUUCCCUCUUGCCAUCACCCCGCCCCAUUCUCCCACUUUCUGUCACCCCGCCCCAUUCUCCCGCUUUCCAUCACCCCGCUCCAUUCUCCCUCUUUCCGUCACCCCACCCCAUUCUCCCGCUUUCCAUCACCCCGCCCCAUUCUCCCUCUUUCCAUCACCCCGCCUUAUUCUCCCGCUUUCCAUCACCCCGCCCCAUUCUCCCGCUUUCCAUCACCCCGCUCUAUUCUCCCGCUUUCCAUCACCCCGCCCAAAUCUCCCUCUUUCCAUUACCCCUCCCCAUUCUACCUCUUUCCAUCACCCCGCCCCCCAAUCUCCCUCUUUCCAUCACCACGCCCCAUUCUCCCGCUUUCCAUCACCCAACCCCAAUCUUCCUCUUUCCAUCACCCCGCCCCAUUCUCCCGCUUUCCAUCACCCCGCCCCAUUUUCCCUCUUUCCAUCACCCCGCUCCAUUCUCCCGCUUUCAAUCACCCAGCCCAAUUCUCCCUCUUCCCAUCACCCCUCCCCAUUCCCCCUCUUUCCAUCACCCCGCCCCAUUCUACCACUUUCUGUCACCCCGCCCCAUUCUCCCGCUUUCCAUCACCCCUCUCCAUUCUCCCUCUUUCCAUCACCCCGCCCCAUUCUCCCUCUUUCCAUCACCCCGCCCCAUUCUCCCUCUUUCCAUCACCCCGCCCCAUUCUCCCUCUUUCCAUCACUCCGCCCCAUUCUCCCGCUUUCCAUUACCGCGCCCCACUCUCUAUCUUUUCAUCACCCCGCCCCAAUCUCCCGCUUUCCAUCACCCCACCCCAUUCUCCCUCCUUCCAUCACCCCGCCCCAUUCUCCCGCUUUCCAUCACCCCGCCCCAUUCUCCCGCUUUCCAUCACCCAGCCCCAUUCUCCCUCCUUCCAUCACCCCGCUCCAUUCUCCCUCUUUCCAUCACUCCGCCCCAUUCUCCCGCUUUCCAUUACCGCGCCCCACUCUCUAUCUUUCCAUCACCCCGCCCCAAUCUCCCGCUUUCCAUCACCCCACCCCAUUCUUCCUCCUUCCAUCACCCCGCCCCAUUCUCCCGCUUUCCAUCACCCCGCCCCAUUCUCCCGCUUUCCAUCACCCCGCCCCAUUCUCCCUCCUUCCAUCACCCCGCCCCAUUCUCCCUCCUUCCAUCACCCCGCCCCAUUCUCCCGCUUUCCAUCACCCCGCCCUGUUCUCCCGCUUCCCAUAACCCCACCCCCUUCUCCCGCUUUCCAUCACCCCGCCACAUUCUCCCGCUUUCUAUCACCCCGCCCCAUUCUCCCUCCUUCCAUCACCCCGCCCCAUUCUCCCCCUUUCCAUCACCCCGCCCCAUUCUCCCGAUUUUUCAUCCCGCCCCAUUCUCCCGCUUUCCAUCACCCUGCCCCAUUCUCCCGCUUUCCAUCAACCCGCCCCAUUCUCCCGCUUACCAUCAUCCCGCCCCAUUCUCCCUCCUUCCAUCACCCCGCCCCAUUCUCCCGCUUUCCAUCACUCCGCCCCAUUCUCCCUCCUUCCAUCACCCCGCCCCAUUCUCCCUCCUUCCAUCACACCGCCCCAUUCUCCCGCUUUCCAUCACCCCGCCCCAUUCUCCCGCUUCCCAUAACCCCACCCCAGUCUCCCGCUUUCCAUCAACCCGCCACAUUCUCCCACUUUCCAUCACCCCGCCCCCUUCUCUCUCCUUCCAUCACCCCGCCCCAUUCUCCCUCCUUCCAUCACCCCGCCCCAUUCUCCCGCUUUCCAUCAGCCCGCCCCAUUCUCCCGCUUUCCAUCACCCCUCCCCUUUCUCCCGCUUUCCAUCUCCCCGCUCCAUUCUCCCGCUUUCCAUCACCCCGCCCCAUUCUCCCGCUUUCCAUCACCCCGCCCCAUUCUUCCGCUUCCCAUCAUCCCGCCCCAUUCCCCCGCUUUCCAUCACCCCUCCCCUUUCUUCCUCCUUCCAUCACCCCGCCCCAUUCUCUCGCUUUCCAUCACCCCGCCACAUUCUCCCGCUUUCCAUCACCCCGCCCCAUUCUCCCGCUUUCCAUCACCCCGCCCCAUUCUUCCUCCUUCCAUCACCCCGCCCCAUUCUCCCGCUUUCCAUCACCCCGCCCCAUUCUCCCGCUUUCCAUCACCCCGCCCCAUUCUCCCUCCUUCCAUCACCCCGCCCCAUUCUCCCUCCUUCCAUCACCCCGCCCCAUUCUCCCGCUUUCCAUCACCCCGCCCUGUUCUCCCGCUUCCCAUAACCCCACCCCCUUCUCCCGCUUUCCAUCACCCCGCCACAUUCUCCCGCUUUCUAUCACCCCGCCCCAUUCUCCCUCCUUCCAUCACCCCGCCCCAUUCUCCCCCUUUCCAUCACCCCGCCCCAUUCUCCCGAUUUUUCAUCCCGCCCCAUUCUCCCGCUUUCCAUCACCCUGCCCCAUUCUCCCGCUUUCCAUCAACCCGCCCCAUUCUCCCGCUUACCAUCAUCCCGCCCCAUUCUCCCUCCUUCCAUCACCCCGCCCCAUUCUCCCGCUUUCCAUCACUCCGCCCCAUUCUCCCUCCUUCCAUCACCCCGCCCCAUUCUCCCUCCUUCCAUCACACCGCCCCAUUCUCCCGCUUUCCAUCACCCCGCCCCAUUCUCCCGCUUCCCAUAACCCCACCCCAGUCUCCCGCUUUCCAUCAACCCGCCACAUUCUCCCACUUUCCAUCACCCCGCCCCCUUCUCUCUCCUUCCAUCACCCCGCCCCAUUCUCCCUCCUUCCAUCACCCCGCCCCAUUCUCCCGCUUUCCAUCAGCCCGCCCCAUUCUCCCGCUUUCCAUCACCCCUCCCCUUUCUCCCGCUUUCCAUCUCCCCGCUCCAUUCUCCCGCUUUCCAUCACCCCGCCCCAUUCUCCCGCUUUCCAUCACCCCGCCCCAUUCUUCCGCUUCCCAUCAUCCCGCCCCAUUCCCCCGCUUUCCAUCACCCCUCCCCUUUCUUCCUCCUUCCAUCACCCCGCCCCAUUCUCUCGCUUUCCAUCACCCCGCCACAUUCUCCCGCUUUCCAUCACCCCGCCCCAUUCUCCCGCUUUCCAUCACCCCGCCCCAUUCUUCCUCCUUCCAUCACCCCGCCCCAUUCUCCCGCUUUCCAUCACCCCGCCCCAUUCUCCCUCCUUCCAUCACCCCGCCCCAUUCUCCCUCAUUCCAUCACCCCGCCCCAUUCUCCCUCCUUCCAUCACCCCGCCUCAUUCUACCUCCUUCCAUCACCCCGCCCCAUGCUCCCGCUUUCCAUCACCCCGCCCCAUUCUCCCACUUUUCAUCACCCCGCCCCAUUCUCCCACUUUCCAUCACCCCGACCCAUUCUCCCGCUUUCCAUCACCCCGCCCCAUUCUCCCUCCUUCCAUCACCCCGCCCCAUUCUCCCGCUUUCCAUCAGCCCACCCCAUUCACCCGCUUUCCAUCAUUUGCCCCAUUCUCCCGCUUUCCAUCACCCCGCCCCAUUCUCCCGCUUUCCAUCACCCCGCCCCAUUCUCCCAUCACCCCGCCCCAUUCUCCCGCUUUCCAUCACCACGCCCCAUUCUCCCGCUUUCCAUCACCCCGCCCCAUUCUCCCGCUUUCCAUCACUCCGCCCCAUUCUCCCGCUUUCCAUCACCCUGCCCCAUUCUCCUGCUUUCCAUCACCCCGCCCCAUUCUUCUCCUUCCAUCACCCCGCCUCAUUCUACCUCCUUCCAUCACCCCGCCCCAUUCUCCCGCUUUCCAUCACCCCGCCCGAUUCUCCCUCUUUCCAUCACCCCGCCCCAUUCUCUCGCUUUCCAUCACCACGCCCCAUUCUCCCGCUUUCCAUCACCCCGCCCCAUUCUCCCUCCUUCCAUCACCCUGCCCCAUUCUACCGCUUUCCAUCACCCCGCCCCAUUCUCCCGCUUUCCAUCACCCCGCCCCAUUCUCCCUCCCUCCAUCACCGCGCCCCAUUCUCCCUCCUUACAUCACCCUGCCCCAUUCUCCCUCUUUCCAUCACCCUGCCCCAUUCUCCCGCUUUCUAUCACCCCACCCCAUUCUCCCUCUUUCCAUCACCCUGCCCCAUUCUCCCGCUUUCUAUCACCUAGCCCCAUUCUCCCGCUUUCAAUCAUCCCGCUCCAUUCUCCCCCUUUCCAUCACCCCGCCCAAUUCUCCCUCUUUCCAUCACCCCUCCCCAUUCUCCCUCUUUCCAUCACCCCGCCCCAUUCUCCCGCUUUCCAUCACCCCGCCCCAUUCUCCCUCUUUCCAUCACCCCGCCCCAUUCUCCCGCUUUCCAUCACCCCGCCCCAUUCUCCCUCUUUCCACCACCCCGCCCCUUUCUCCCUGUUUCCAUCACCCCGCCCCAUUCUCCCGUUUUCCAUCACCCCAACCCAUUCUCCCUCUUUCCAUCACCCCGCCCCAUUCUCCCUCUUUCCAUCACCCCGCCCCAUUCUCACUCUUUCCAUCACCCCGCCCCAUUCUCUCGCUUUCCAUCACCCCGCCCCAUUCUCCCUCUUUCCAUCACCCCGCUCUAUUCUCCCGGUUUCCAUCACCUCGCCCAAUUCUCCCUCUUUCCAUUACCCCUCCCCAUUCUACCUCUUUCCAUCACCCCGCCCCCCAAUCUCCCUCUUUCCAUCACCACGCCCCAUUCUCCCGCUUUCCAUCACCCAACCCCAAUCUCCCUCUUUCCAUCACCCCGCCCUAUUCUCCCGCUUUCCAUCACCCCGCCCCAUUUUCCCUCUUUCCAUCACCCCGCCCCAUUCUCCUUCGUUCCAUCACCCCGCUCCAUUCUCCCGCUUUCAAUCACCCAGCCCAAUUCUCCCUCUUUCCAUCACCCCUCCCCAUUCCCCCUCUUUCCAUCACCCCGCCCCAUUCUACCACUUUCUGUCACCCCGCCCCAUUCUCCCGCUUUCCAUCACCCCGCUCCAUUCUCCCUCUUUCCAUCACCCCGCCCCAUUCUCCCUCUUUCCAUCACCCCGCCCCAUUCUCCCUCUUUCCAUCACCCCGCCCCAUUCUCCCUCUUUCCAUCACUCCGCCCCAUUCUCCCGCUUUCCAUUACCGCGCCCCACUCUCUAUCUUUCCAUCACCCCGCCCCAAUCUCCCGCUUUCCAUCACCCAACCCCAUUCUCCCUCCUUCCAUCACCCCGCCCCAUUCUCCCGCUUUCCAUCACCCCGCCCCAUUCUCCCGCUUUCCAUCACCCAGCCCCAUUCUCCCGCUUUCCAUCACCCCGCCCCAUUCUCCCGCUUUCCAUCACCCCGCCCCAUUCUCCCGCUUUCCAUCACCCCGCCCCAUUCUCCCUCCUUCCAUCACCCCGCCCCAUUCUCCCUCCUUCCAUCACCCCGCCCCGUUCUCCCGCUUUCCAUCACCCCGCCCUGUUCUCCCGCUUCCCAUAACCCCACCCCCUUCUCCCGCUUUCCAUCACCCCGCCACAUUCUCCCGCUUUCUAUCACCCCGCCCCAUUCUCCCUUCUUCCAUCACCCCGCCCCAUUCUCCCUCUUUCCAUCACUCCGCCCCAUUCUCCCGCUUUCCAUUACCGCGCCCCACUCUCUAUCUUUCCAUCACCCCGCCCCAAUCUCCCGCUUUCCAUCACCCCACCCCAUUCUUCCUCCUUCCAUCACCCCGCCCCAUUCUCCCGCUUUCCAUCACCCCGCCCCAUUCUCCCGCUUUCCAUCACCCCGCCCCAUUCUCCCUCCUUCCAUCACCCCGCCCCAUUCUCCCUCCUUCCAUCACCCCGCCCCAUUCUCCCGCUUUCCAUCACCCCGCCCUGUUCUCCCGCUUCCCAUAACCCCACCCCCUUCUCCCGCUUUCCAUCACCCCGCCACAUUCUCCCGCUUUCUAUCACCCCGCCCCAUUCUCCCUCCUUCCAUCACCCCGCCCCAUUCUCCCCCUUUCCAUCACCCCGCCCCAUUCUCCCGAUUUUUCAUCCCGCCCCAUUCUCCCGCUUUCCAUCACCCUGCCCCAUUCUCCCGCUUUCCAUCAACCCGCCCCAUUCUCCCGCUUACCAUCAUCCCGCCCCAUUCUCCCUCCUUCCAUCACCCCGCCCCAUUCUCCCGCUUUCCAUCACUCCGCCCCAUUCUCCCUCCUUCCAUCACCCCGCCCCAUUCUCCCUCCUUCCAUCACACCGCCCCAUUCUCCCGCUUUCCAUCACCCCGCCCCAUUCUCCCGCUUCCCAUAACCCCACCCCAUUCUCCCGCUUUCCAUCAACCCGCCACAUUCUCCCACUUUCCAUCACCCCGCCCCCUUCUCUCUCCUUCCAUCACCCCGCCCCAUUCUCCCUCCUUCCAUCACCCCGCCCCAUUCUCCCGCUUUCCAUCAGCCCGCCCCAUUCUCCCGCUUUCCAUCACCCCUCCCCUUUCUCCCGCUUUCCAUCUCCCCGCUCCAUUCUCCCGCUUUCCAUCACCCCGCCCCAUUCUCCCGCUUUCCAUCACCCCGCCCCAUUCUUCCGCUUCCCAUCAUCCCGCCCCAUUCCCCCGCUUUCCAUCACCCCUCCCCUUUCUUCCUCCUUCCAUCACCCCGCCCCAUUCUCUCGCUUUCCAUCACCCCGCCACAUUCUCCCGCUUUCCAUCACCCCGCCCCAUUCUCCCGCUUUCCAUCACCCCGCCCCAUUCUUCCUCCUUCCAUCACCCCGCCCCAUUCUCCCGCUUUCCAUCACCCCGCCCCAUUCUCCCUCCUUCCAUCACCCCGCCCCAUUCUCCCUCAUUCCAUCACCCCGCUCCAUUCUCCCGCUUUCCAUCACCCCGCCCUAUUCUCCCGCUUCCCAUAACCCCACCCCAUUCUCCCGCUUUCCAUCACCCCGCCACAUUUUCCCACUUUCCAUCACCCCGCCCCCUUCUUUCUCCUUCCAUCACCCCGCCCCAUUCUCCCUCCUUCCAUCACCCCGCCCCAUUCUCCCGCUUUCCAUCAGCCCGCCCCAUUCUCCCGCUGUCCAUCACCCCGCCCCAUACUCCCGCUUUCCAUCACUUAGCCUCAUUCUCCAGCUUUCCAUCACCCCGCCCCAUUUUUCCUCUUUCCAUCACCCCGCCCCAUUCUCCCGCUUUCCAUCACCCUGCCCCAAUCUCCCGCUUUCCAUCACCCCGCCCCAUUCUCCCUCCUUCCAUCACCCCGCCCCAUUCUCCCGCUUUCCAUCACCCCGCCCCAUUCUCCCGCUUUCCAUCACCCAGCCCCAUUCUCCCGCUUUCCAUCACCCCGCCCCAUUCUCCCGCUUUCCAUCACCCCGCCCCAUUCUCCCGCUUUCCAUCACCCCGCCCCAUUCUCCCUCCUUCCAUCACCCCGCCCCAUUCUCCCGCUUUCCAUCACCCCGCCCCACUCUCCCGCUUCCCAUAA